AUGUCACCUCAAUCUGACCCCGUCUCGUUUCAGCCGGAGGCCGUUUCAUCUCAAUCCGAGCCCGUGUCAUCUCAAGUCCCGGUCGUGUCAGAUUGGGACGCAUUUGAAACGCAGUUGAGGCGAGAGGCAGAUGAGGAGCCUAUCAUAGAGCUGCGCGUACUCCUCUCAUCCACUGCGCCACUCUUCCCCCACAUACUGCACGUGGCCAUCGACAAGAAAGAGCUCCGACCCAGCGUUCUUUCGCGCAUGGGCGUGUACAGUGUGCCGGCUCUCUUUCUGCAGAACUCCACCACUCGGAUCCGCUACCGGGGCCCACGCACUGCCGCACACCUCUCCGAAUACAUUUCAGCGUUUACUCGCUGUCCCACAAGCUCCCCUUUCUCUCCCCUGCAGCCGUCCCCCAACCCCUUCGCCACUGACUCUUCACCUCUCAGUCUAUGGUUUGGCUGGGAUCAACCUGCUUCUGCAGUCACCUGGGGCUCCAAGCGCGCUGGAUCCGACUCACCUUCCCCUGCCGCUGACUCAGCACAAGCUGCUGCUGACUCAUCGCAAGCUGGCGCCAGCACAGGCGCAAGCAUACAUGCAGAAGCGGAAGGCGGAGCAGUGGAUGAGGCAGGCACAGCAGGUGAAGAAGCCAAGCCAUUCCUGCAUGGGGUAGCAUCCAGUUUCCACAUGUGUCCGUACAUGGCUGCUUUGGAAGACUCCAAGCGGCAAACCAGGCACCUCCAGCAGCAGCAGUGGUGGCAGCAGGGGGGGGGAUUGGGUGUGGUUCGGGGAGGAAAAGGUGCAAGAGGCGAAGGGAGGAGGGGGGUUGUGUGCCCCUAUGCGUGGGCCAUUCGGCCUGAGUCUCUCCUUUCAGAGUCCUUCUGCCUGUGGUUCUCUGGAGUGUUUCUCAUGGGGCGAUGCCUGGUGUGGCUUGUGCGGAGGAGAUGGGGGGCAGGGGAUGCUGGAGGUGACGGGCAGGUGGAGGGGCAGCAGCAGGUGCAGCCGGAGCAGCAGCAGCAGCUGCUCCUGCGGGAGCAACAGGAUCAGUAA